AUGGUCGGUAUCCAGGCAGACAACAUAACCGUCAACGAUGGUCCCCUAACAGCAGAGAACUCGGCGCUUCUCCGACCAUCCGAUCCAUCGCUUCCGAUGGAAGAACUCCGUAAACGCUUUGACGAAGACGGAUACCUCUUCCUGAAGGGCGUGAUUCCCCGUGAGGAUGUUCUCGAGGCCAGAAAAGCGUAUUUCGCCUCGCUAGAGAGCACCGGAGUCCUGAAGCCCGGUACAAAGCCCGUUGAAGGUAUUUUCGAUUCAGCAAAGAACUACGAAGACUUCCCAGGUAUUGGGGCAGGGGCUGCGGAUAACAACGGGCGCCCUGGAGGCGAAAAUGCUACAAAGUUCGUUGAUCUUGCUCUCGACGCCCAUUAUCAGGACUGGUAUGCAGAGAAGUUCUGUAAGAACCGCGCACUGUACGACUUUGUGGCCCGAUUCUCUGGCUGGGGCCAAAAUACACUGGCACUUCGCCGCACACUGCUGAGGAACAACCUUCCUGCUUCAAAGCCUAUUGGCGUGCAUUAUGAUCAGAUAUUCUUGCGUCACGGUGAUCCGACCAGCAUUACUGCGUGGGUGCCUAUGGGCGAUAUUAAGAGUAAUGGAGGAGGGCUCAUCUACUUAGAAAACGGCGAUUCCCUCGGUAUCGAGUUGGAGCAGAACUUCUUUAGGGCUGCCAAAGCGGCUGGCCUGAGUGAUGAGGAGGCUAAGAAUGCCUUCAACUCAAAUAUGAUGGCAACUGGCCUGCUUUCAGAAUUCCCAGCUGGCUUUGCUCUGGAACACGGUCGCAAGUGGCUCAUGUCUGCUUAUGAGGCUGGUGACGUUGUUCUGCACAAGCCUCACAUGAUUCACGCUUCUACUGUGAACAAUGACCCUGAUAAUGUCAUUCGCCUUGCCACGGAUCUGCGCUUCUGUGAUUCUUCUAAACCAUAUGAUAAGCGGUGGAUGAACCACUACAGAUUUGGCGACGGUGUUUAA